UCCUACCAACUAGAAACUACAGUUGAAAAAGACACUGCAUUUUCCUAUUUUUUCAAGUUUCAAAAAACCAGGAUUUUUAUGGAAAAAGAGGUACAUCUUGCUUAUUAAAAGUGUAAUCUUUUUUCUUUUCAAUUUUCGAUCCUAUUUUCUCCUCAUUCUCUGGCAGAGUUCCUGAAUUGAAAACAAUCAACCUAUUUCAGAAAACAAAAAAUCCUCCAUAACGUGUAUAUAAAGGGCAUUACCAACCUCCUCAAGGCACCCCUUUGGCCUAUAUCCCACGGCACCUUCAAGUUCAAGAGCUGAAAAACUCACAGCUUUGCAUGUUGCUGAGACUUCACAAAUGACACUCACCCUCCUUCUUUUCUUGACAACCCAUUUCUUCUCGAGCGGUGAAUCUCUUAGCAGAAAUGAUUUCCCAAAUGGGUUUGUUUUUGGAACUGCUUCUUCAGCUUACCAGUUUGAAGGAGCUGUGAAUGAAGGGAACAAAGGAGCUAGCAUAUGGGAUACUUUCACAAAACAACCAGGGAAGAUUUUGGACUUCAGUAAUGCAGACACCGCUGUCGAUCAAUAUCACAGAUUUAAGAGUGAUAUAGACUUGAUGAAGGAUCUGGGAAUGGAUGCUUAUAGAUUUUCAAUAUCAUGGUCAAGAAUUUUUCCAAAUGGAACAGGAAAACCUAAUGCAGAAGGAAUAAGCUACUAUAACAGCCUUAUAGAUGCUUUACUUGAAAAAGGUAUUAGACCUUUUGUAACACUAUAUCAUUGGGAUCUCCCACAGAUGCUUGAAGAUAGAUAUGAAGGAUGGUUGAGCAGACAGAUAAUAAAAGACUUUGAGCAUUAUGCAAUUACCUGCUUCAAAGCUUUUGGAGAUAGAGUAAAGAACUGGAUCACCUUCAAUGAACCUCGUGGUUUUUCACUUCAAGGUUAUGACAUAGGCAUACAGGCACCUGGAAGAUGUUCUAUAGUUGGUCAUUUGUUCUGCAAGAAAGGAAAUUCAUCCGCUGAACCUUACAUAGUUGCCCAUAACAUUCUCCUCUCUCAUGCUGCUGCUUAUCAUAACUAUCAGAAACAUUUCAAGGAGAAGCAAGGAGGUCAAGUAGGAAUAGCACUAGAUGCAAAGUGGUAUGUACCUAUAUCAGAUAAAGAUGAGGACAUUGAAGCAGCAUAUAGAGCAAUUGAUUUUAGCCUGGGAUGGUUCCUUGAUCCACUCAUCUUUGGUGUAUACCCUCCUUCAAUGAAGAAGCUUGUGGGUGAGAGACUACCAAAGAUCUCACCCGCAAUCUCAAAAUUCCUAACAGGGUCUUUGGACUUUGUUGGCAUAAAUCAUUAUACCACAUUAUAUGCUCGGAAUGACAGAACCAGGAUACGAAAAUUCAUACUGCAUGAUGCUUCAUCUGAUGCAGCUGUUAUUACAACACCAUACCGACACAGAGUUGCUAUUGGCGAAAGAGCAGCUUCUAGGUGGCUACGCAUAGUACCAUGGGGAAUCCGAAAGUUAGUAAGAUAUAUAAAAGACAAGUAUGACAACCAUCCAGUGAUAAUUACAGAAAAUGGUAUGGAUGAUCCAAACAGACCUUUCACAUCACUACAAAAUGCUUUAAAAGAUGAAAAGAGGAUAAGAUUCCACAGAGACUAUCUCUCAAACCUCUCGGCUGCUAUUAGGGAAGACGAGUGUGAUGUUCGUGGUUAUUUCGUGUGGUCAUUGCUGGAUAACUGGGAAUGGAACUUAGGCUACACUGUUCGGUUUGGACUCUACUAUGUGGACUACAAGAAUAACCUUACAAGGAUUCCAAAAACUUCAGUUCAAUGGUUUAAAGGAAUUCUCAGACCUGGGUUUCAGAAAUUGAGCUACCAGAUUUGAUGUAUUUUUUGUUUAUAGAAAAAGCAGGUAGUUAUAUCAUGAUGGAAAAAUUGUAAAGCAAAAUUCUUGUUGUUGUAAAUGACCAUUCAAUU